UUAUUUUCCACGUCACACCGCAGCCCGAAUUUCAACGUCAAGCGAACGCCGCAUAGUCAUGCUGAUUGAGAAUAGAACAUUGCGCGCAAUUAAGGACAAUUUUCAUAAUCUCUAUGCAAUUUAAAUAUUGACAUUCCGGUAGGUAUUAGUCUUAUUUAGCAAAACGUGUGGUUAUUGUGGUAGGCUACUCUUUGACGUGCUUAUCCCACUCUCACUUGUCAAUAACGGUUUGCAAUAGCUUUCUCGUUAAGCAUAUUUUACUUUACUGAAUCAAUUUAGUGAGGAACUUAAUGGUGUUAUGCUUUGGUAUUAACUUUCUCUAUGGGUUUCGAGGAAUCUACAAAAAAUGCAGCUUUUCUGUUUUCAGAAAAAGGUAUCAACUCCCCCUUGUGGGGUAAAAAGGUAGCUGUGGUUGCGGGAGGACGUUGGAUACGCACAGUUCUACCUGUCCGUCUCUUGUACGAGGGAAAGGCCGGAAACCAUGGCGGAACUCCCCGGAUCAGAACCCCGAAUUUACAGUUUUGGGAAAGUCGCAUGUGGGAUACUGACUCACGUGCUUUGUGUUGUCUUCACUGUGCUUAUCACGGUAUUGGCCAAGCCUGGAACAAGUUUGUUCUCUUGGCACCCUUUCCUGAUGACACUGGCGUUCUCCCUCUUCAUGACAGAGGCUGUGCUCCUCUUCUCUCCACAUUGUUCUCCCAUUCGGAAGCUUUCCCACAAGACCAAGGGGCGUGUCCACUGGAUCCUGCAGUGCCUCUGUGCCAGCUGUGCCACCCUGGGCCUGGCAUCCAUCUUCUACAACAAGCACCUGAACGGCAAGCCCCACUUCGCCUCAUGGCACGGCCUGGUGGGCCUGGGGACAUUGUGUGUUGUUGGGGUGCAGUCUCUGGCCGCUCUGCCCCUCCUCUACCACUCCCUGGCUAAGGGGUGGUCCCUGGCUAAGCUAAAGCGCUACCACGCAGCGUCUGGCCUAGUCACUUAUCUGCUGGGAAGUGUCAGUCUGCUCCUGGGCAUAUGCUCAGUGUGGUUUACAGGCGCUGUGGGAGGAUACACCUGGUACCUGGCAGCACUGUGCCCUGCCCUCAGCACUCUGGUCAUCAUGAGCCAGGUGUCCAAUACCUACAUGGCUAAGAAACGUCUGGUGUCCUAACCAGGCUGGCCCCCAAAACCAAGCUCACAAACAUCAGCCAUAAACUAUUACUGUAUUCAAAUGAAGCUUUAAUAAAAGCUUUACCGUAAGGCUAUCUUUGGAAGACCAACCUGCAUUCUGCCUAGUGUCCAAAAGUACCAGUGCCUUAUAUUGGUGAAAUUAUGCUUUUGUUACAUCUACUGCUGAACUAGUUCUAAUUUCAAAGUUUGGUCUUUGUAUGUUAAUUCUACCUUGAGCAAAAAAAGUGCACGGAAUCAUCAAUGAGCAUAGCUUGGCUGUCUAAAAAAAAAAAAAAUGUGAUAACAUGCCUCGGUCUUUUGGAGUAUUUAGUAGUAUAUAGUAAAGUAGUAUUUUGUAUCCGAGAGCCAAGAAAGCCUGUUAUGUGUCUAAGGAAGUACAAAUAUUGGUUGUUAACCAUGGAAAACAACUAGAGGCCACUGAUGCUGCUUGAUUUUAUUUGCCUUUAGGCUUGAAUGGACCAAUGCACAUUUUUUGUGAUUGGUUUGUUUUUAUAAGGUGAUACAUUUGUGUAUUAGUUUACACUAAGGUGUGAAAUUCCAGCCAAAUCCGUAAAAUGUCAUAUUUACUGAUGUUGUAGAAUGACUGCAAUGAAGUGUCAAAAAAACAGUGUAGUGUUUGCUCUCCCAUACAUUCUGUAACUCCAUUACCCCCAAUUGUCUUACUGAAAGGACAAUUGUUUCAUCAUAACCGCAUCAUAUUCAAAUCCAUUAUCCUCACAUGGGUGUUUCAUAGAUUCCCGUCUGCAAGAGUGCAAUUGAAGGUCGAGUUGAACAUAAUUCUUGGAAUAUACUGUAGAUUAUUACUGAUUAUUGUUAACAUGUUUUGUCAAAUUUAUAUUUUGAUGCAAUUUCAAUAAAAAAAUACAUUUUGCA